AUGGAAGGCUUCCGGUCGACUUACCGGCCACACGGGAGCGACCGGAAGAUCGAGAUCGUGAAGGGCAAUGUCUACAGUCAGAACCAGGUAUACGUGUCUCAGCCUCAGUCGUCCGAUCCAUCACCACCCCCACCACCACCAUCCGCCACCACCACUAAUGUUAAUAAUAAUAAUAAUGUGAAUAGAAGCACACCUGCAACGAAAUCGUUGAGCUUUUAUGAUGCUGAGCUGAAGAGACGAAAGCGGGUCGCCAAGUACAAGGGCUACGCUGUCGAAGGGAAGGUUAAGGAGUCUUUGAGGAGGGGGCUUCGUUGGAUCAAGAACAUGUGCUCUGAUAUCGUCCAUGGCUAG